GAGCGCGGCAGGCGCCCCGCCCCCUUAUUCGCGAGACCGUUUUACUGAACGUAACUGGGCGAAAGCCUCGCGCUGGGAGACGCUCUGCAACGGGUGUCCAGUGUAGAAAGGGGCGAGCGAUUCCCAGUUCACGUUUACGCAGCUUGCGCGGAAGCCUCUGAGCGAGAAGGGCUGGCCCGCGCCAUUCUCCGCCCGGUGCCUCUGCGCUGUUGACGUAGCUUGGCCCAAGAUGGCGUCGCGGUCGUCGUCGUUGGCGGCGGUGGCCGGAGCGCUGGUAGCAGCAGCGGUGCCGACGUGGGAAGAACUGAGAGGGGAAAUGAGGCGGCGGGCGGAGGGUGGCAGCAUUAGUAGCCAGUAGCGACCGCACAGAGGGGUCUCCCUCCCUCCCGGCGCGUGAGACCGAGACUCUCCGGGAUAGCGGGUCCCCCUCCCCCCUCAGACCAGGAGCCCCCGACUGUUCCCCUCCCAACCGCGGAGCCGACGACACCCUUUGCUGGGCUCAUCCCACAGCUGCUUUCCGGGUGGCUCUACCCCCCCGGCCUGCCCCCAGCAGAGGAUGAUGAAACUGAAGUCCAACCAGACUCGCACCUACGACGGGGACGGAUACAAGAAGCGGGCGGCUUGCCUCUGCUUCCGCAACGAAAGCGAGGACGAGGUCUUGUUAGUAAGCAGUAGUCGUCAUCCAGAUAGAUGGAUUGUUCCUGGAGGUGGCAUGGAGCCUGAAGAGGAGCCCAGCGUGGCUGCUGUGCGGGAAGUUUGUGAAGAGGCUGGCGUGAAGGGGACUUUAGGAAGAUUAGUAGGAAUUUUUGAGAAUCAGGACAGGAAGCACAGAACAUAUGUUUACGUACUUAUUGUCACAGAAGUGUUGGAAGACUGGGAGGACUCUGUGAAUAUUGGGAGGAAAAGGGAAUGGUUUAAGACAGAUGAUGCCAUAAAAGUUCUACAGUAUCACAAACCUGUGCAGGCCUCGUACUUUGAAACCUUGAGACAAGGCUGUUUGGCAAACAACGGCACCCCUGUUGUGACCACAUCAUUCUCAAAAGAGAGCACUAUGUCUGAUAUCAGAUGACUGAGGAUGUCUGUAUAAGAAAAACAGAUUUUGAAAAAUAGACUGAAACUUGGAUUUCCUUUCCUUCUUCCCUCCUCUUGCCUCUUUCACAUGCUUCCUCUGUCAAACAAGACAUGUCCAGCAGCCUUUGGCAGAGCAAAUGUUUGAGUGUUGCAUUCUAGUGGAAAGUGGGUUUUUCUUCCUUUUUUUUGGAUAUGUAUUUUGUAAAACACCUCUUGUGCAUGAAGUGCCCCUCCCUAUUACCCAAACUUUAACAUUCUGAAAGGCAAGGCUGUUAACUUCACCUCCGCCUUGUCUUCUGAAAUGUUCUGCUGUGUUGUCCCAGCCAUAACCAGACCUUUUAUCUUUUCAGUUAAAGAAGGGUACAAAUGUGAGAUUGGUUCUUUAAGUCUUAGACUUUGUACAGUAAGGUGCUGUUGAGAUCCGUUUGGUCACCUUCUCAGUGCAUGUGUGUAAUUUUUUUCAGAUGGAGAAACCUAACAGGGGCUUCUUCUAUAAAGAAGGGCUUCAUACUCUUGUUUGCCUUGUUUUCUAAAGAAACUUUUUUUGUGACAGUGCUAGUGGCUGGGCCAGUUUUACUCCCUGCACCUACUCCCUGAUCCAAAUUUAGUACUUUGACACUUAGAGGAGAAGGCCAAGCUAUAAUCACUUGCAAGACAUCCCUGGUGCUGUGUUCUUUCUACAGUUUCAGUCAAUAUGACAUCUUUAACACUGGACACAAGGAAUUGGUCACUACUCUAUCAAAAGCUUAUGGCCUCGGAAACUAAAUGAAUUCCAGCCUCAGUAAAUAGGAAUCAGGGAUUCAAAAUUAGUUUAAAAACUAGUGAACUGGAGCAUCAAGCAUCAAUGCUUUCUGCUGGUCUGGAAUUCUCUCCCUUCCUGCUGCAUACUGCAGAUGUCUCUUCUUGUCCACAUGCCUUACACUAUACUGAACUGGAUAUUGCUAAAGCAUUGGAUUGUACUUUCUGAGUGUCAUUGCAUGGACUUUGAUGAGAUGGUCACAGAGUUCCCUGAAAAGAAGUCCCAAGGGAAAACUUUAGGUGUUCAGUGUCCUUUGUCUGUAGCAUUGAAGCACUUGUUAUUGCACCAAGAAGCAUGCUCAGAAUGGUAAAAUUUUACCCCGCAGUGGCAAAGGUGCAACUGGCUCCCAAGCAGAAAUGCUGAUGUGGAGAACUGUCAUCGAAUAGGAUAGUUAACCUGAUGCAUUGGCACAUGUCACAUUUUUGUUUCUAUUGAUGUAUGUUUCAUGCUGUCUUGAUUUGCCAACAGUGUUGUCUAGUUGGGAGACUUUGAAAAAGGUUUGGGGAGGUAGCCGGGUGGGUGGGCUGGGGAAGGUUGGGGGUGGGGCAUUAGUUAAUCCCUGGCUUGGGACAGGACCUAGUUGCUAUAUUUGGUGACUUCUUCUUUGUCAGAGUAUAGCCAAGAUGUGAAAUUAAAUCUGCAGUACUCUUCUUUAACUAAUCAUUCUCUUCCCAUUAAAUACAGCAUGCAUGCACACACACACAUUUGAAAUGGUCAUGCAGCUUAAAGUAAUGUAAAUUAGUAUACUUUCCACUUUGGAUUUCAGAUCAAAUUUUAUUAUUUUCAUUUCAAUUCCAUGUUUUCAGAGAAUGGAAUCGCAUUCCACAGUACGGGAUCACAGAGACAAAAGUGAUCAUUAUCGCCAAAAACUCUACACAGGAAAAGGUUGAAAGGUGUUAUUUAAGAAGUGGCUUAAACCUGAACAUCUAGACUAGAAUUAUGCUAUGCCACUUCAGUGCCCUUUACCUUAAAAAUCAAACAAUAAACAGUUAACUCAAAGGGCUUGACUGGUGUCUUCAAGUGUACAGUACAAUAUCUCUUAACCUAUAUGUGGCACUUUCCAAUAUAGCAAACUUGCCUUCAGCUAAGAGUUUUGUGUUUCACUGAGUAGAUUAGGAUAUGAAAGAUUGUUGAAAGAAUCCCGAAAGGGUGACUGCAGUUUUAAUAUCUACAGCAUGCACAGAUUUUUUAAAACUCUAAAAUGUUUUUAUAGGGCUGUUAAACUGACAAUUUAGGAUAGAAUAUUGUUAAUGAUUUGCUAACAGCUUUUUGUUGGGUCAGGAAAAAUAAAUUGUGCCAAGAAAGUAGUGUAAUGUGGGAUGAAUUGAUGCUGUAUUUGCAACUGCAUUGGUUGACUGUUUGCUUUCUUAACUGGAAACAGAAGAUGUAGCUCCUUGGGUGAAAACAAGCUGGAAUCUUCAUCAACUGUAUAUUCUAACCUAGUCCUUGUUCCUGUUGCUUACUAAAUCUCACCUUUUCACUUGCUUUUACUGCACUGUAGAGAGAAUCCACAAUUUUCCCAGUAUCUCAGGGUAUUCUCUAAUAAAUGAGUCAUGGAACUACUUAACAAAUAUGAAUGAAAAAUCACAUCAACUCAUUUUUCAAAAUAUAUUUAAUUACGGUGGAAUUUCCUACAUUGAUAGACCAUGCAUCUAAUAUAGUACAAACAACUGGGUAGUUUGAUUUGAAUGCAAUCCAUAUUAAGUAUUUAAACUGAUCCUCAAUUUGAAAAUUUAAAGUAUUUUAUAUUUUUUAGUUAAAUUAGACUUCAUUCUGAAUUUCAUGGUAAAAUAUAGUCACUUUCAGACCAUACUUGUAAAACAUGUGAAACAUACCUAGACUUGCGUAUUGUAUCAGAGCAAACAAGAAAAAUGUGCUUGAAAGAUUCUUUAUAAUAAGCCUUACAUUCUGAAGACUACAUAUGGCCCCAGAUCUCUCUGGGGCAUCCCAUGGACUCUGAGAACCCUCACUUUCAUUUUUAUAGGUACAUGUCUAAUCCGCUGCAGUAGCCGAGAGGAGGUUGAAUAAUAAAAAUUGCUCACCUUAUGCACUUCCUAUUUUAGACAAAUGCUAGAAUAGCAUGAGCAGUGUUACAAAUUUUUUGGUAUAUAUUUACAAAUAAUUUCUUACAAGAACAGAUUUGGUGCCAAUGCUUUCUGCAUUGCUGACCUCACUUAGUCAGGGUCUGAGUGGGUAUUUGCAUUGUGCACAUUAUGUCUACUUAAAUCAGGGUUGACAGUGCUGCUUAAAACUAUUUGGCAGUGAAUCUUCACAUAGCUGCUGGAUAUCCUUAGUGAAUCUGAAACAGUAGUACUGUGAGUGAACCUGCAACCUGUGCUACAUCUGUUCAGUAUGGAGAGGAACGAUGAAGCCCACUUUAAGCUUUCAGCAGUAAUAUCUGUCACCUUGUUUUAUACAAUGCAAUAGUGAUUUUUAAUUAUAUCACUUCUGUGUUUCAGUGUCAUAGAUUAGAAAGUCUGUGGUAUAAAAGUAAUAGCAUAUGCUGGAAUCUUUUGAUGUAGCUGUUAAUCUUUUUGGGCUUAUCUUUGAUUUAGCUCUUGUUAGAUUUUCUAACAAUGGGGGGAAAUCAUCUUUGUAUGAAGAGCUUACCCUGAAGUUUUGUCGUGUUUUUAGAUGUAGCAUAGCUGCUUAUCUUCCAAAACAUUCUAUUUGUUGUUAACCAUACUUGUGUAAUCUGUUCUAUCUACCUUGACUCUUCCAAAAGACCCUUCUUUAUUUCUUAGUUUUAAAAAUCAGCCAAUAAGAAAUUGAAGUGCCACGCUAUCUUAGUAGUGGUUAUAUCAGAACGUGUAAGUGGGAAACUGUAGAGAUGUCUGCUGUGAUAUUUUAGUGGAACUGAGAAAGUUGCUUAGACUUAAUUUCUGCUAGAUAGAUAACUGGUUCUGAAAUUAGAUUCCUGAAAAUUAAGUAUGCCUACAGUACAGGAAAUGAAAUAUGUGCUAGUGAAAAUUUCAGGAACAUUUGUGUAGUAGUGUCUCUGAAACUGAUUUUUCUACUGUUAAAAGUGUGACUUUUUCUGAAGGGGGCUAUCUGUUUUAAUCAAUGAUUGUGCAUAUUUUCUAAUGCUUUGCCAAGUUUUGUUCAUCUGUUAACAAUACCUGUACCCAGGCACUGGGUGCUGUGCUUGGGAGAAAAUGAGAGAGAGAGAGAGAGAGAGAGAGAGAGAGAGAGAGAGAGAGAGAGGUGUUAUGUGUCUACUUUACACUGGAAGGGUAUGUAUGUAUGCUCUAAUUCCUGUAAUAAAGCUGCUGCUUUGAGUACAGUUUUGGUAUAUCUUAUAACAACGAUUUUAUCAGGGCUGCUAGUUUUUUCAGUACGUUUAUUUGUAUGAAUGCUGAAAUGUUCCUGUACUGUGUAGUUUCUCCUUCAGAGGUGGUCAUCAGAGAAAUUACAAAAAAAGACUAUCAUUUCAGAGAGUAGCUGUGUUGAUCUGCAAUAGUAUCUGACAAAAUGAGCUUUGCCUCUUGAAAGCUCAUAUGCUGAAAAUCUUGCUGGUCUCUAAGGUGCUAUGGACUCAAAUCUAGCUGUACAAAAAAGAAGCACGGUCCAUUUUAUUCUUGAAGUGUUCAAUUUAUUCUGCCAGUUUUAACAAGUGUAGAAACAUGAAUAAACUGUAGGAUUGUG